AUGACAGACGAGGAAAAGCAGCUCGACUCCAACGUCGUGGCCGUCGGGUCCGACUCCGGCAGCCAGAAAUCUCGCGAUAAGGCACUCGAGAGGAAGCUCGUCUGGAAGACGGACCUAAUCUUGAUGCCAGCUUUGGCUCUGGCCUAUCUCACGCAUACACUGGAUCGAGCGAAUCUCGGAAAUGCUAAGACCGAUACACUCGAGAAGGAUCUCGGACUGGUCGGAAACCAGUUUUCGCUGCUCCUCAUAUUGUUCUAUGUGCCAUAUGCCCUUAUGAACGUGCCAUUCACACUCCUGUCAAAGCGUUUCAAUGCGGCGGUGGUAAUCCCGACCAUUAUGACGUGCUGGGGUGCUAUGGCUAUGUGUUCGGCCGCGGCGAAGAACUUCGGUGGGAUAUUGGCGACUCGUAUACUUAUGGGAGCUGUCGAAGCGGCUUUUCUACCUUGCGCCAUCUUCUAUUGUAGUUUGUUCUACACUAGACGAGAAUUGAGCUUCCGAACGAGUGUUUUCGGUUGCAUGGGGUUUAUCGCGGGUGCUAUCUCGGGACUCAUCGCUUGGUCCGUCUUUCAAUGGGAUAAGGCUCUAAAGGGUUGGCAAUGUAAGUUACACGAAACUUCGGAUAACUCCGAAAGACACCAAUUUAAAUCCACAUAUCCUCGGGAUCUGUUCAUAAUAGAAGGAGCACUUACUGUCGGUGUUGGCUUACUACUAUUCAUCAUCCUUCCCCAUAGCGUCGAAAAGUCACGAUGGUUUUCGGAAGAGGAAAAGCGCAUGUCAAGAUUACGUCUCGAAGAAGAUUCGCAGGACUUAGAUAAGCACUUCCGGUGGGAAGACGCGAAGAAAGAAACCAAGGACUGGACAACUUGGAUCUUCACUCUGAUGCCCCUCCUUUAUGGCGUAGGCGUGGCCAGUAGUUCGAAUUUCUUGCCGACCAUCGUAAAGCGCAUCGCCGUCGAACCGGCUAAGUCGAACCUUUAUACUGUUGGUCCUAACUUAGUGGCUGCGGCCGUUCAAUUGGCAACUACCUGGAUAUCCGACAAGCUCCAGCAACGUGCCACUAUCGCCUGUGGAACGCUGUUCGUUUCCUUCCUAGCAUGGAUCCUUCUCGCAACUCUUGACCUCGUCAAGCAUGUCGAAGUUGGGUACUUCCUCACUUAUCUCUUGAUCUUCGGGAACUUUACCCCUGGUAUCCUCGUUCCCGUCUGGUUGGCAUCAAACACCACGACAACAACUGGAAGAGCAUUCCGAUUAGGCCUUAACUUUAUGGCGCAGAAUCUCGCAGGUAUCAUCAGCUCCGCCGUUUUCAGAGCACAGGACGCGCCCGUGUAUAAGCCCGCGCUUAUUACGGUAGCCUGCUGCCAAGCUGUGUUCAUGGUCUUGUGUCUUGGCUUAAGGGAACACUUCCGAAGGCUUAAUAAGAAGCUUGAGAGUGGGGAGGUGGUUCACGUUAGCGGAGGCAAGGAGAGACCAGAGUAUCGGUACGCCUUGUGA